UAAACGAAUUAACAGACUAUUUAUGGAUUGAUAGAAAAACACGAGCUAUUUUUCUAGAGUUCAACUUAUAUGCACCGGAUCUCAACCUAUUCGCGUACAGCAUUUUUUUAGCAGAAUUUCCUGAGACAGGAGGAAUAGUUACCUCGUAUUCUAUAUAUCCAUUCCGAAUUUAUUUUCAUCUUGGUACGAAUGGUAUCUACACAUUAAUUUGUGAAAUAUUAUUUUUAUUAUGUCUAGUCGCUUUUACAGGCAAGGUCGUGUCAGGUAUUAUAAAGAAGAGAAAAACGUUUUUCAAAAGUAUCUGGAACAUUCUAAACUGUUGUUGCAUAUCCCUGAGUUUUGUGUGCAUUUCAAUGUAUGCUGGGCGUCAUAUUCUUGCAUCUCAAACCAUGGAAAAAUUCAAGGAAGGUCCGAAGCAAUUUAUAAAUUUUCAGCAUAUUGCAAUAUGGGAUUUGUUGUUUAAUUCGCUGCAUGCUACUUUGUUAUCAUUGUCAACAUUAAGAUUGAUCGGUAUUCUAGGCUAUGACAAACGAGUUGGUAAGAUUUUCUUGGUUUUUAAUAAUUGUGCAAAGGAUUUAUUCUGGUUUGGUAUUUUUAUUCUGUACGUAUUUUUGUGUUAUGCCGCUCUAGGAUAUUUGCUGUUCGGAAAAUAUAUUGAAUCCUAUCGUGAUAUAUUUGAAUCUAUGGGAACAUUAUUCAUUAGUAUGAUGGGAAAGAGCAAAUUCACAGAAAUAAAUGAGAAGGAUCCAAUUAUAGCACAAUUUUAUUUCUUAACUUUCAUCCUGGUGAUAGUAUUUACAUUACUGACCAUGUUUAUGGCCAUUCUUGGUGAGAGUAUCAGUGCAGUACAUACCAUGAACAAACGGAACAAGGCGGAAGAAUUGAUUGAACGUUUGUGGAAUAAAUUUAAGAAUAUGUUCGUAAGAAAGUUAGAACCUACGCAAAAUUACAAAAAGCAACAUUUUCAGAAUCCAUCUAUUGGUCUCCUGUACGACAUAAGAAAAGCCUUUAACGAUUCUGAUGAUGAUAAUAAGUUACCACGAGUUUCUACUGACUUCGUAAAGAGAGCAAAACGUAUUUUUGAUACCAAUAAGUAAACAAAAUAUCAGAUGCUCUGUCGUCAUUUCAAUGUGUGUGAAUGUUUUAUUUAGCAGAAGAAUGAUAUAUGCAUUAACAACUUGUGCUAAACUGACAUUCGUAUGAAAUGUACAAUGAUUUCUCAAAGAACAAACUGUUUCGAUGUACCAUCAAAAGAUUUCGCCAAUGUAGUUACUACAGCUAUAACAGAACACUUAUGAUAACUAUUUAAUUUCCCUAACAUUGUAAAUGUUGUAGAUACUUAUUGCAUAUCUGUAUUCAGUUCUUUGGCUUUUUUUACUUUAUCAUAAUUAUUAGUUUGUUUUGCAGUACAAUGUAUGUUUUUUUUAUUGAACACGGGCAUCUUUGAAGUGGUACUUUGACUUGCCAUACAAACUGGUGAGUCUCAUUGUAAAAUCUGUAUCUAUAUGUGUUUUAUAUGUACAUGUUGACAACACUAUAAUGAUAAAAAAAGGCUGAAUUUCCAUAAGUCGGAAUAUAAAUCACUCAAAGAUACUUUCAAGUGGGUUCCAGA